GAAUAAAAUUAACAAGCCUUCUAACCAGAAGGCAAGAUACUUCUCUAUCCGACCCGGUUUAAUCCUUCUUUCCUUGUUCUCACCAACUUUUCAUACGUUUUACAGGAUCCUUCCAAUCCCAAGCCGAGAAAGCGCAAGGAGCGCACUGAAGAGAGGGUGGAGAUGACGGAGAAGGCUUUGGCGAAGGCCCGAGCCGAGAAGGAGGCCUCGGCCAAGAAGGCAAGGCAAGAGCCUUCUGUUGAGGUGAACAGCCCCCGCCCGGCUUCUGGGGACGAGGGGACACACAUUUCCCUUCACCCAGAGGAUUUCGAGCCGGUGCGAAGUCCAAACCACGUACAGGGGACCUCGCACACCGAGCAGACCUUAUCCGAGGCGCCGGUCCCCUUUACCAAAUGUCCAAGACGGACAAGAAAGAACGGAUUGCCAGUGCCCUGGAAAUACUGAUUACCCAAACCGACCGAGAUCAUAUCAACGCGGUGAAUGGGAGAAACGAAUCGAGCGAACUUUUUCGCUCCUGGAUGGAUUUUUCCAUCCGGAUGACCAAGGUAGCCGAGGACCGGCUCACACUGGUGCAGGAGGUUCAGAGCCUGAAGGAGGCGGCUCGGAAGCACUUCGAUGAGGUCUACCAGGCCAAGGAAGCUAAGCGCCUGGCCGAGCUCCGCUUGGAGGAGGCCAACAAGAAAAUUGAUGAUGGCGAGGCGACCUGGAAGCAAGAGAGGGAGGACUGGCAGGUCGAAAGGACCAACCUUACUCUUGCCAAAGACAACGCUGAGUCCGCCAAAGCUACGGCCGAGACCAAGCAGGCUCAGGCCGAGAAGGACUUGGAAGAGGUCCGGCUCAAACUCUCUCGCCGAGGCUCAACUGAAGGAAGCCCAAGCGGCCGUUUCUCGUUCUCAGGAGGAAUGGUUCAACGCCUGGCAGAAGUCGGACGACUGUACCGAUUUCUGCGCCGACGUGGGCCAAUCUUCCCAUAA